AUGGAGCUUCCUAACUCGUUCUCGUCUAUGAUCACUGAGUGUGAUGGAAGAUGGAGGAAAAUGGAGGCUGGUGGAUCUACGCACCAUUCUUCAGUGCAGUAUGGUAGUGAUGGAACUGUUCGCAUCUUUGCAGACUACCAUCGUACUGUUUGGGCUGAUUACUUUAUUGAAAAUUAUCCAUUACCUUCAAAUUUUCAGAACUCGGAGGCAUGCAUUGAAAAAAGGGUAGGAGAGCUAAAAGAGGAAGUAAAGAACUUGCUAAAACAUGCUAAUGAUCACUUACAAGGGAUGGAAUUAAUUGAUACACUUCAACGCUUGGGAGUGGCAUAUCACUUUGAAAGGGAGAUAGAUGAGAUACUAAGCCAAAUUUAUAAUGCCCAUAUUGAAGGUGAAGAUUUGCAUGCUGUGGCCCUUCACUUUCGACUCCUGAGACAACAUGGCUAUAAUAUACCCUCAAGUGUUUUUAUCAAGUUCAAAGAAGUUGAAGGGAGUUUUAAGGCUACCUUAAAAAAUAAUGUGAAGGGUUUGCUAAGCCUAUAUGAAGCUACUUAUCUUGGCACCCUAGAAGAUGAUAUAUUAGAUGAAGCACUUAAUUUUGCAAAAGUACAUCUCAAGUCCAUAGAAAGCCAGUUGAUACCACCUCUUGCAACACAAGUAUUAUAUGCCCUUGAGAUGCCUUUACAUAGGAGAAUGAGGAGGUUAGAGGCAAAGAAUUAUAUCUCCAUUUACCAAGAAGAUGAGGCACAAAUUAAGGUGGUACUGGAGCUUGCAAAGUUGGAUUUUCAUAUGCUGCAAUCAAUUCAUAGAGAAGAAGUUAAGAGCAUCUCUAUGUGGUGGAAAGCACUUGGCCUUGCGAAAAAGCUAACCUUUUGCAGGGAUAGAGUAGUCGAGUGUUAUUUUUGGAUUCUUGGGAUAUAUUUUGAGCCUCAUUAUUCUAGAGCUCGAAUUUAUAUGACAAAGGUGAUUGCUUUACUUUCAAUCAUGGAUGAUAUCUAUGAUGCUUAUGGCACGAGAGAGGAACUC